CAAGAAAAAGAGUCGUUAACACCAAACUCAUUGUUUAAUAAGAUAGAAUCGUUAUUUUCUAAAGAAUCGGCAUACAAUAAAGUUACUGACGAUUUAUUACAAAUAGUUUGUGGAAGACGGGCAGACUGUAUUACUUUACGCCGCGAGUCGUUGCUUAAACAAAUUCCGGAGGAAUUUCACCGCGACGUUUUAUUUAAAAUACCUCCAAGUGCGUCAACGUUAUUUAAUGAUGAGUCAGUGCAAAACUAUCUCCAAAAAAUUGGGGGGGCCGAAAAAUUAAUAGCAUUACCUCGAUCAGGGCCUCACAUAAAGGAUAAUUUCAUUCGUAAUCAGCACAAUCAAUCUAAACCGUCAACAAGCUCACAAUCGAAUGAACAUUUUUUUCGACACAACUCGUCAUCAUCAAAAAAGGGUAAACGCACAUCUAAGCAACAAAAAUACGCAAAUAGAAACAAAUCGGGUAGUUAUAAACAAAAAGAAAAAGGAUCGCGGCCUUCGUUUAGAAAUAAAAAUCGCGAAUGACUAUCAAUUAUUUUACGGCGGCUGUCUCAAACAAUUUCAAUGUGUCUGGAGCAAUUUUGGUGCACCAAAACAAAUUUGCAAACUACUAAGUGGAGUAUGUAUUCCCUUUAUCCGAAAACCACCGCUGAUAUUUCCAAAUUCGCUUAUAAUGGAAAAAUAUCGAACACAGACGUCUCCAGACAUGACCUUACAAAUAAAAGACAUGUUGAAAUCGGGAAUAUUAGAACUAGCAGAGACAACUCCAAGUUACCUUUCGACUUUCUUUUUGAUACCGAAACCCGACGGCAGCCACCGUCCAAUUUUCAAUUUGAAGCGGUUAAAUUUCUUCAUCAAAACAAAGCCAUUUCAAUUAUUCAGCCAUUUUCGCGUGCCAGCCUUUUUGCAGGAUUCCGAUUGGAUGGUGAAACUGGAUUUGAGCCAGGCUUACUUUCACGUGCCUAUCUGUCAACGCCAUCGCAGAUUCUUAAGACUCAAUUAUCACCAGGAUCCAAGUCGGCACCAAUUGCUGCAAAUGACGUGCCUGCCCUUCGGUCUCUCUUCGGCACCAAGAACGUUUGCCACGUUGACCAAUUGGGUGGCAGAGUUUCUCAGGAGCAAAGGCAUCAGGUGCGUAGUCUAUUUGGACGAUUAUCUUCUAGCAAGUCAGUCCAUGCAUCAGCUGGCAGACGACAUAGCUCAAACAAUCAAAAUCAUGUCGCUAUUGGGCUUGAACAUAAAUUUCGAAAAAUCUGUGUUGGUACCGACCCAAUGCCUCGAGUUUCUCGGCAUUACCUGGGACACAACGCUCAACGCAAAGUCCCUGUCGGUGCCGAAGUGCCUAACGCUACGCAAAGCACUUCAAAAACAGAUCGAAACAGGCAGUUGGUCCCUAAAGCAAUAUCAAUCCUUAAUGGGGAGACUCAACUUCGCCGCAUUCGUCGUUCCAAGGGGACGACUUCACUGUCGUUCACUGCAAUGUUACAGUCGACAGCUGCCAAUGAACCAUCCCUAUCGCAAGAUUCAGAUCCCGAAAAGAGUGAUAGAGGACCUGGUAUGGUGGAAGGACGCAAUCGAGACGAGCUCGCCAAUUCAUCUACCUGCAAUAACUCAUCUUUUAACGACGGAUGCCUCGGAUAUCGGUUGGGGGGCUUGUCUAGGAGGCAAAAACAUAUUCGGUCACUGGACAGUGCGCCAAUUAGCGUGGCACGCCAAUCAAAAGGAGAUGUUCGCGGUAUAUGCAGUGAUUUUGCAGGAACAGAACCAGUUAGCAGAUGCUCAUAUUCUUCUGCAAACGGACAAUCGAACAGUCGUGGCAUACAUAAACAAGGAAGGCGGGACAAAAUCAAAAAAGCUUCUAAAUUUAACUCGACAGCUUCUGGCGAUUUUGGACGGGCUCAACAUUCACCUUCAAGCCCAAUACUUUCCGGGCAGGUACAACGCCGAAGUGGACGCUCUGUCUCGUCAGAAACCUUGUCCCGAAUGGCAUCUGCUACCACCUGCCACGAUGAAGAUAUUUCGAAGGUGGGGAACUCCAGUAAUAGAUCUCUUUGCCUCAACGUCAGCUCAUGUGAUCCCAAACUAUGUGACAGUGGACUUGCAAGACCCCAUGGCGCAGCAUCACAACGCCUUUUGUCACCAGUGGAAUUACAGUCUAGGGUGGUUGUUUCCCCCGCCAAAUCUCAUCCCGACAGUCCUACAUCACCUGAACGAAGCUACGGGGAGGUACAUUCUGAUUGCCCCCAAAUGGCACAAAGCGUUUUGGCGGGCAGAUGUACAGCGGAGAGCGCUGGAUCAUCCUUAUCUCAUUCCAGAUCUAGCACAGGUGUUAAUCGACACGACAACGGGUGUACACCCACCACAAGUACAAGACCUGCAAUUGGAAGCCUGGUUGAUGUCGGGUGGCAAGAAAUAUUAGCAGGUUGGACGAAUCAGGAACAAGAACUUUUAAUGUCCAGUUGGCGAAGCUCAACAUUGAAUACUUACAAAUCGGCAUGGGCUAGAUGGAAGAAAUGAGGGCGCCACCAGCGGAGAGGUAGGGGAAACGCUGACUCAAGGCACAAAGAGGGGGUGCUUGACUCAAGAUGGAUUCCGGAUAUUGAAGAAAAAAUAAUAGGUAAGUUUUAUUUGUUGGUAAAACUC